UUUCUGUAACAGUAAACCGCCAAGAAAAAAAUACAUUCAGACAAAAAAUUCAACAACUGGUACUGAAGAUGAUAGAAAUAUCUUUAUGACAGUUGAUGGAUGAUAAACAGCUACUCAGUGAUUAAACAUUGUUUUCUACUAAGGGUUUAGGUUACAAAAUACAAAAAUCAACUGAUAGUGACAGUUUACCACUGAACCAUACAAUACCAUUAAAAGAGACUUAAAAAAAGUGUUAACAGUGCAAAUAUUGGAAUGUCGCCAGGUAAGGAAAGGAGUAACAGGCCAAUCCAGCUUAAGAUUACUAAGCCUUGUGCAGCGACUCACAGUUACAUAGUUUUAGGCUUUGUGGUUUUCUCACAUGUCCUGAUAUCUAGUGGGAUUAGUAAUGACAAAAUGAGCAUGCAAAUAAUUAUAGAGACUAUUACAUGCAAUGUGUGCACAAGUGAUUUUUAUUUACAAGUUGCAAUAUAUAAUAAUAAAUAAUAAUAAAUAAUAAUAAUAAUAACAAUAAAAACCCAAAAAGUGAGUGCAGCCAACAAGAGAUUUUUUUUUUGCAUCCCAACAAGUGAAAAAAAAUUGUUCAAGCACAUUCCAUGGUGCGAUGUUUUCAUUUCAUUAUCAUACAUACUGAGAUUUUACCUUACUGACUGACAUGUUUCAAAGAUUGGAAGCAAAUGACUGAAAAUAGAUUGUUCACCCAAUCAAAGACAUGAAUGAUAUAACAUCACAGUGUAAAUCUCAGUACGUAUGAUAUAAAAUUCUGAUGAUCAUUCUGCUUUUUCAGGUUUAACAGCAAAGAGUGAUAUUGUUUGAUGUACCACUGUUGACAAACAUUCCAGAAGGAUAUCAGAUAUAGGUCCCCCAAGGAUAACUACUCAUUUGUUAUAAGACUUACCUGAUAAUCUUAGCAAGUCUAGCAAGAUUUUGGUACAGCCCCAUACUUCAAUAUAUGCAAACAGUUCUUGGAUAAAGAAAACAAUGGUUUUCAUCACAGUUGCAUAUUAAGAAAAUGGCUUCCCUCCUAGACUUUGCGAAAGGGCUGGAGGAACUCCAGCUCAUCUUCAUUCUCUCAAAGAUAAUGAUGGUGACGGGGGUAAUUGUUGCAGUCUGUCUUAUCUUUCUUAAGGCCGAAUAUGGACGGUACUUUUCGUCGAAUUCAACACGGAAGUACGGCUUUGCUGUAGAUGCAAGAGUUGCAUGGUUUGUUCAAGAACUACCAGCCUUCGUCGUUCCAUGUCUGCUGCUUUUGUAUGCUCGCAAAGAUGUCUUUGGAUUGACUCCCAAUAUGAUUCUGCUAUCGUUGUUUUUAUUACAUUACACUCAGAGGUCGCUUAUUUACCCUUGGCUUAUCAAAGGAGGGAAACCGACUCCUAUGUUUCUGUCAUUUCUGGCGUUUAUGUUUUGUGCAUUGAAUGGAUACAUGCAGGCAAGAUAUUUGACAAAAUAUGCUCGUUAUGACAUGUCUUACGUAUCAAGUCCCCGCUUUGUUUGUGGUUUGGCAAUAUUUUUCAUUGGGAUGGCCAUCAAUAUCCAUUCAGAUCACAUUCUACGCAACUUAAGGAGACCUGGCGAAACAGGAUACAAGAUUCCAAGAGGAGGUAUGUUCACAUAUGUGUCAGGAGCCAAUUUUUUUGGUGAAAUAGUUGAAUGGGCUGGUUUUGCUAUUGCUUGUUGGUCACUUCCCAGCUCAGCCUUUUUCUUGUUUGCUGCAUUUAAUAUCGGCCCAAGAGCAAUUCAACAUCACAGAUGGUAUCAUACAAAGUUUGAAGAUUAUCCAAAGUCUCGUAAAGCUCUGAUUCCGUUUGUUUUGUGAAACAGUGAAGGAAAUUAGGGAAGGGAAGUAAUGAAUGAACAUUAAUUUUCAAAUUUAGAGUUACCAUGUACAGUAUUUUUUUUCUUAUGUGCAUUGAGAACCAACAAUAACAUGUGCGGUAUACUCAAAAUGCUUUGUGUUAGUAACAGUUUCCCACACCACUGGUCAAGUUCGCCAUUCAUAUUUCAGCAUUUUAUGUAACAUUUAACUCUUCCCUUAAUAAAGUAUUUUUUAUCAAAGGCAAAGAUUGACAUAUGAUUGCUUCUUUGAUCUUUUAAGUUUGCAUGGACAGUAAAUAAAUGGUGUGGGAGAAGCAAAAAUUCUCCAUUGAUGAAUGGUAA